CACACUAACUACAUGUUCUUAUUUCUACCCGACACUUAGUUACAGUAAUAGGAAGUAAAAUAGUCAGACAUAUUGGAUUUUAUACCAGAAUGGCGUUUUCUCAAUCUUUUAAACGAGGACAGGCUCCUGCUACGUGUAAUUUUUGUGAAGAAGAAACCAAAAUAAAAUGGAAAUGCAUAAACUGUGACGUUUUAAUGUGCUCUAAAUGCAAGGACAAAAUUCAUGCUAAAUUAAAAAACAAUAAAGACCACAAUGUUAUAGAUAUCAAAGAAGUUGGAAUUUAUCGUGGUGAACUGGAUUUUAGCGACUUGAAGUGUAAAAAACAUAGCGGACAAUGUUGUGUUAUGUUUUGCGCGUCGUGCGAUACGUUAGUCUGCGCAUUGUGUAUUGGAAAUACGCACAAUGGCCAUGUUUUGGUUGAAAUUAGUAAAGGUUUUGAUAUCCGAAAGGAAAAAUUUAAAUCCGAUCAAAAGAAAAUAAAAGACAAAAUAGGAAACUUGAUGGAAAAAAAAAACGCAAUGACGAAUGUGAACAUGAAGGACAGUGCAAAAUACACGGAUUUAAUAAAGAGAAUAGAAGCUCAAAAUAUCGAGGUAAAGAAUGCAGCUGACAAAUAUACAGAACAAUUAAAAUCUGAAUUAGAUAAAAAAUGGAGAGAUUUACAGACGGAUGAAAUUGACAAAUUAGAGAAAGUUAUUGUUAACUUACAGGGACUUCUAAGUUCAAAUGUGGAAGAUAUCGUCCUGUCCAAUGAUGUGGAAAAAUUAUUCAUUGACAGUUCAAAACUGUCCUGUGCCUUGAAUGUAGCUGAAACCAAUCUCGGCACCCUAUCAUUUCUCCCAGGACAAGUAUCACCGUAUAUCAUGGGAUCGUUGCAAGUUGUAUCUAAUACCGUCGACGUACGUAUCGUUAAACAAUUCAAAACUGAUAUUUCUGGAGUGUUUUAUCUAUCGUUAUGUCCCGAUAAUUCUCUGUGGAUAAGUGAUAAUUAUGUGUUACAGAAAGUAAAACCAGUAGAACAUAAACUGACAGUAGAAUCAACAUUUAACAUUAAAGUCUAUGGAAUGGCUUUUACUUCGACUGGUGACCUGCUUCUGUCAUCAGAUGGAUUAGUACUUAAACAAAUCAGUGGUAAAACAGGAGAACUUACUGAUUCUAUUUACAAUGUGUCUCCGUUACUUUAUUCUGCCGUACAUGUGACCAAAGAUGGUAAGGUCAUAGUGGGAGUCCAGAGUACCGGUAAAGUAUGCCCCCCUACGAGCAGACGAGCUAUCAUUGUGAUGAACCAGAAAGGAGAACAUGAAACUAUCUAUGAACAUGACAAAAACAACAUCCGGAUAUUUACAUAUGUUAGGAGAAUAACCAGUACAGAUAACGGGAAUAUCUGUGUAGUGGAUAGGUUAUCUGAGGAUAACAGAGGUAGAGUUGUGGUACUAAAUAGAGACGGAGAUAUCCUACAGAUCUACACCGGUCAUCAUGGGGUCAAUAAUGAGAACAAGCCGUUCAAACCAGUGAACAUUGUUACUACACCGUCUGACAAUAUUAUUGUGACACAAUUAAACAGUUAUAUCUUUCACAUACUGAAUAAAUGUGGACAUUUCAUCACACAUUAUAAAAUGGGUGACAUAGGAAUAGCAAAGCCAUAUUCCCUUUGCUUUACAAGAACCGCGGGACAAUUGUAUAUCGGAUGUAACGAAGCAGUAGGAAGUUCAGAGAAAGCAAAGUUAUAUGAAGUGCACAUUUCUGGUUGUUAGAAAAACGAUGAAAGAACAAAUAUUUAAUUUGUUUAUAUUUUCUUCGACUUUAUUUUUUUCGUUUUAAUUUAAAUAAAUCAUACUUCAUUUU